GUCAACUGUCACCUGUCAAAGGGAAAUGGAAACUAUUCAAUUUUCAGCAGCGUCUCGUUCCCUUUGAAAAAUGUUUAUAUUGGUAACAAAAGUGCCGAAAAUUAGGAAAAAGUCCAUAUAAGUAUAGAAUAAAUAUAAUUGUUUAAUUUUUAAAAAACCCUAUUGUAAAGUUAAUUUUUCUAAGCGUGCAAUGGAGCAGCCUUUUAAAAACAUUUUGGACUACAUAAAGAGCUUAUUUUCCAUAAAUCCGCUCGAAAGAACCCGUAAAAGAAGUGCUGCUGGUCCAAUAUUUGAAUCAAGAUCAAAGUUGUGUCGAUUAUCUCCGUAUAGUAAGCCUACUACUACUACUACUAGUAGAUAUAUUCCUAUUCAUCGAGAAAGUGAGGAUUUAUCUCCAUACUUUCCACGCAAUUUCAAUCCAGUCAAAAGACUGUCCCGUUCAAUGCAAAGGUCACCUAUGAAACCUGUUAAAGUUCAAGAAACGGUGGUACUGGACGAUGACGACGACGACGAUGUCAUAGAAAUAACUAAACCGGCAAGGAACGGAAAAAAAUUCACUUCAACGCCCCUUGAAAGACGUAAAAGUUACGCAAAUGUUAAAAAAGACCACGAAAAUAGCGAUGACAUUGUUUUCAUCAAAACCUUCAAAUCACCAAAAGAAAAACAGAAAGAAGCUAAAUUGGCCGGCUAUGAUUACUUUAAACCGAGAACUUCAUUGGACAAGCCUCUAUUCACUAUAGGCUCCACUCACAACGGAACAAAACCCAAAGCCAAACCAACAAAAUACAAAACACUGCCACUCAAAUCUAGAGGAGCUUCCACUUCAAACUACUCCUUCAGGCUAGACGACAAGCUCAAAUACAAACAACUCUUGGACUGUGUCAGUGGCAACGACUCCUCGAUUUAUGGCACGCCUAUUGGUAAAAUAUCUUCAUAUGAUUUUGCCAACAAACCAAAAGAAUCUACAAAAGAUAGGAUUAAUAGGGUGCUGGACAAUUGGGACAGCGAUUCGUUGGUUAUAAAGGAUUCAGAUUCGGAGGGCAGCGUUGUUAUGGUCAAGCCUCCAUCUCCCAAGCCGGAUAUCAAAGUGGAUCCUGUCAAUAGUUUUAAGCAUUAUGUUGAUUCGUCUAAUGCUACCAAAAAGGAUUGGUUGACUGAAGUAGUCGAAAAUCACAAACAGUAUGUCAAAGACCGUCAAAAAGAAAUCGACAAUCUACGCGUUUGCACCGAGGCCACCUCGAAAAUCAACAAGGAUAUAAAUAUCGAGCUACUCAGACGGAAAGUCGAUAAUUGUCUGCAAAUAAAAGAUGUCGUUCUACCGGAAACUGUUCUGCCGGAAGAAGACGAGCUACCGGAACUCACCGAUGAACAUUUAUCCAUGGUUUCUAGAGCCCAUAGAGGCGAUCCCAAUGAAGUUUUGGUCAACAAAUUCAACUUACGUGUAACCAGAAGAGAUCUGAUGACUUUGGCCGGUUUGAAUUGGCUCAAUGACGAAGUCAUUAACUUUUACAUGAAUUUAAUUAUGGAACGAGGAGAGAAUUCUAAAUGGCCAAAAAGUUACGCUUUCAAUACGUUUUUCUAUCCAAAACUAUUAAAAGACGGCGCCCAAUCUUUAAGAAGAUGGACAAGAAGAGUUGAUCUAUUCUCCUAUGAUCUUAUUUGUGUUCCUGUCCAUUUAGGAAUGCACUGGUGCAUGGCCAUGAUUGAUUUCAGGAAUAAAUCUAUUAAAUACUACGACAGUAUGGGCAGUCCGAAUAGUCGUUGCUUGGACGCCCUAAGACACUAUUUAGAAGCAGAGCAUUUGGACAAAAAAGGUUCAAAGUACAACACGCGUGAUUUUAAGCUGGAAAAUCGAAACGAUAUUCCACAACAAAUGAACGGUAGCGAUUGCGGCAUGUUCGCUUGUACGUUUGCCGAAUUUCUUACCAGAGAUGCACAAAUUAGUUUCAAGCAAGAAGACAUGCCGUAUAUGAGGAAGAAGAUGGUUGUCGAAAUUAUGACUGGACAACUUUUGAUUCAGUAAAGACUUAUUAUAGGAAGUAAGUUUAUGUGUGGUAAUUUUUUUGAUACUGUCUGUGCAAAGAAGAUUCUAGUUUGGAACAACACCAAUAGUAAUUAUUAUUACUGCACUAGUACUUUUUUUGAAUUUGUUGUUUUGUAAAUAACAAGCAUAAUUUAUUGUCGAAAUAAUCCUGACGGACAAUAGGUUUAUUUUCUAUGAUUUAUUUAUUACUUGAGUUAUUUUUCAGUAACAAUAAAAUAAAGUGAUCGUUUUUCCAUAAGUUGUGUUAAAUGAAGAUUUGAUUUUUUAUGUCAAG